AUGGAGGUAGCCGGCGUCGUUCUAGGAGGAAUUCCCCUCAUCCUCUUCGCAUUAGAGAACUACCGGAAGGCCCUGAACCCCGCCAAGGACUACUUGCGGCGGUACGCGGAUAAAUGCGACUCGUUCAUGAACUUCCUCGGGCACAUGGAUAAGAUUGUGCAAAAGCUGAUGGACAAGCUAGAUAUCGAUAUCAAAGGCAAGCCAAAGUGGGAAGAAGUCGCCCCUGACCGUGUGGAAUGGGAAUGGCGUCGCGUAAAGCGGAGCUUUGGCAGAAACGAGCGACAGAGCCUGAUAACGGACUUGCAGUACUGGAAUACUGCGCUCAAGAACUGCUUCGAGAAGCAAGAGAUCCCAUCCGAUGAAGGAAACCGAACGGUCCAAGAACUGCAAGCCCGAUUCGACCAGAAGCAAUGCGACGCCAUUAGAAACAACGCCGGAGCCAUCCACGAAGCUAUACAGUCGGGCUGGGGUUGCGUAUUCCCGCAGACGCACGGUGGUAACCUUUAUUUAAGAUGGCACAAUGACAAAGUGCUAGAUCCUGCUAUAUUCAACAUGGCCUUGUCAUAUAAGAAAACCCAAACUGGGAUCCCUUAUCCAUCAGACGAAUACUGGCAAGAGAUACAAAUAAGGAUCAAAAAGGCUGCCGCACAAAUACCACUAUCUGCACCAGCCUCUCUUACUCCUCCGGUAGUGCAAUCAGUUGUUCAGAAGGAGGCAUACCAAGACAAAGUCCGAUCCGCCGCAGACUAUCUUGGCUACUUUCCGGAUCCAGACCCUUCUACUUCGCGGCAAAUCCAAAUUCAUAGCACAGCCACCAAAGAGUACUUCCCAAAGAUAAUACCCGUCCACUCUCUCCUAUCCCCAUCGAAUGAACAAGUCCGCUCCCGGCUAGCUCUCUCUCGAAAACAGCGCUUCGGCAUCGCUGCAUCAGCUGCCUGGGCCGUCCUACUUCUUUGUGACUCCGCGUGGCUUAGCGAGAAACUUGACAAAGACGAGAUUCAGCUCAUACUUGACGAUGGCGGUGCGCUCGCGCAGCCCGAGUCCCUAGGAAAUACCUGUAUAUCCCACCGUUCUGCCCUCCGGCAGCCGCGCCUCUCUCCGCAGCCGCCCAAUUUCAAGAAGGCCUUAUCCGCCACAAAACGCUCUUCGCGUUGGGCAUUCUGCUCAUUAAGCUAUGUUUGA